AUGGAAAAUUAUUUAUUUGCUUUAUUUAUACCAAAUAAUUGUCGUGUAUUUAUUGGUAUUUUAGAUAGUAUUAGAGAAAAUCAUAUGCCAAAUUUAAAUGAAUUAUUAAAAAAUGAAUGUGAAAAAAGACUUCAAAAAGUUCGUGAAAAUGAUAUGGCAACUCGUUCAUUACCAAUCUAUUUGGCUAUUCAAUCAAAUAUUCCUGUAACUAAUCUUCAAUCAUCUAUGUUAUCAUCAUUAAAUGAUUAUUCAAAAGUAAUAAUAUCAAUAAAAGAUAAAACUAAUUUAUAUAAAGGUCUUGAUUGA